CCAACUCCCCGUGCGCCAGAGCCUGCGCCGCCCGCGCUCCGCGGGCCGGGCUGGCCGCCAGACGCUGCCCCGGCUGCGGCGAGGACGCCACGGUACCAGCGGAGGAUCCUCGGGCUCGGCGGCUGCGGGUCCCCGCUGUGGAACUUUUUACCGCCUUUGCGUUCCAGAUUGGAGACUCGGGCUGGUUUCUAAAUACAUCUGUACAUAUGUGUGAGCUAAUAAAACAUUUUCUCCUCUCCUUGAAGCGGCAGCUUUUUAUGACAUCUCCUUUAUGUCAGAGACACUUGCCUUGCUUCUUUGGGUUAUAAACUUUUGAUGCCAGACCUCGGCAGGACGUGCCCAACUGAAUGUUAAAGUAGCAUCUCGAAGAGAGGCAGAGCCAGAGCAAUCUGUGACCUUCAUCCCUGCUCCUUCCUUCCUCUCCCUUCCCGGCUGCCUCCCUCCUCCCCAGGGGAGCGUCAAGAAAGCUCUUUUUGGAUGCAGGAGGGGGCAUCUGGUUCUGCUAGGCUGGAAAGCUGAGGCAGGAUUUGAGGAAGAAUCAUUAGACUCGGGAGAGGCUGGACUCUGCUGCUCCUUUCCCUCUCCGCUUCUGGCUCGCUCCAGCCCUUUCCUCUACCCCCGCACGGCUGCCCGAGACCCGCCGGCGUGCGGGGCGGGGGACGAGGACCUCGCCGGUGCCGGAGUUCUGGGAAGUUGUGGCUGUCGAGGAUGGGGGUCUGUGGGUACCUGUUCCUGCCCUGGAAGUGCCUCGUGGUCGUGUCUCUCAGGCUGCUGUUCCUUGUACCCACAGGAGUGCCCGUGCGCAGCGGAGAUGCCACCUUCCCCAAAGCUAUGGACAACGUGACGGUCCGGCAGGGGGAGAGCGCCACCCUCAGGUGUACCAUAGAUGACCGGGUCACCCGGGUGGCCUGGCUGAACCGCAGCACCAUCCUCUAUGCCGGGAAUGACAAGUGGUCCAUAGACCCUCGAGUGAUCAUCCUGGUGAACACGCCGACCCAGUACAGCAUCAUGAUCCAGAAUGUGGACGUGUACGACGAGGGCCCGUACACCUGCUCCGUGCAGACGGACAACCACCCCAAGACCUCCCGGGUCCACCUCAUCGUGCAAGUUCCUCCUCAGAUCAUGAAUAUCUCCUCAGACAUCACUGUGAAUGAGGGGAGCAGUGUGACCCUGCUGUGUCUUGCUAUCGGUAGACCGGAGCCAACAGUGACGUGGAGACACCUGUCAGUCAAGGAAGGCCAGGGCUUUGUGAGUGAGGAUGAGUAUCUGGAAAUCUCUGACAUCAAACGUGACCAGUCCGGGGAGUAUGAAUGCAGCGCCUUGAACGAUGUGGCUGCCCCUGAUGUGCGGAAAGUAAAAAUCACUGUCAACUACCCUCCCUAUAUCUCCAAAGCCAAAAACACGGGUGUCUCCGUUGGCCAGAAGGGCAUCUUGAGCUGUGAAGCCUCCGCAGUGCCCACGGCCGAGUUCCAGUGGUUCAAGGAAGAUACAAGGCUGGCUCCCGGCCUGGAUGGCAUGAGGAUCGAGAACAAGGGCCACAUAUCCACGCUGACCUUCUUCAACGUUUCAGAGAAAGAUUAUGGGAACUAUACUUGUGUGGCCACAAACAAGCUUGGCAACACCAACGCCAGCCUCACACUGUAUGAAAUAAGCCCCUCGCCAGCAGUGGCAGGGCCUGGAGCGGUCAUUGACGGUGUAAACUCGGCCUCCAGAGCACUGGCUUGCCUCUGGCUAUCAGGGACCCUCUUUGCCCACUUCUUCAUCAAGUUUUGAUAAGAAACCCUAGGUCUUCUGAGCAACGCCUGCUUCUCCAUAUCACAGACUUUACCUACACUGCGGAGGGCAAACCAGUCUGGGCUUCUUUUUUGGCUUUUUGUUUCUGUUCUUCUUGAUUUUUUUUUAAAAUUUUUUGGUUUGUUUAUUUGAUUUUUCUUUGCCAGUUUGAAUGAGUGGGGCUGGGGGCGGGGAGGGGUGGGCAGGGUUCUGCCAUGUGUAGGAUAAUCAUUCAUUGGUGUGUCCAAAAAAUGGAAUCUGUUCCUGCUACCUUGGCCCUUCCCUUUCCUCUGCUCUCCCCAUCAUCAUCUCCACCAACCACCACCCCCCGCCCCAUCCCAACCAUAAGUUCCAUUUGGGCAAAAAAAAAAAUGUGCCUCAUGAUAAACACCCUGAAGACACAACUUGACUUACAAGGUAGUGCACAGCAAGAAUUAUAUCCAAGUGUCCUAUUAUCCGUGUCUUAUAAGUUUUGGAUCAUUUUCCUGAUUAUAAUGUACAUAUCCCUCCCUCCAGGUUUAUUACUUUAGGGUUCACGUCCUUUCUUUCUGGGAAGUCAUCUCUCUCUAUACAUAAAGCACAUUGCCAUCUUUUCUAGCUAUUCCACCCUAUUUGCUUAUCAGUGAUAGGGGUUCAAGAUUUGGGGAUAUGCACAAAACCCAAAACUAAGAAUUUAGAAGUGACAAAAAAAAAAAAAUGGAAAGGCAUUUUGAGGUUAGUACUUCUCUUUAAAAAAAUGCUCUCAAGCUCAUAAAAAAUGAUCCUUAGAUGCCUGAUUAUUUCGGUUAUAUCAAGCUCUCUAUCAAAAUAAUCAUGCGGUCAUCCAUCUCCUCAACUGUCUGAUUUAUCGCCCCAUCCAAUUUUCUACCCACCCAUCUUCCUCUCUUGCAAUCUAUUUACUUUAUUUAUCAAUCUAUCAAUGUAAUUAUCUAACACUUCUUUCUGUUUCUUUCCCCACUUCUCCCUCUCAAUCCAUCACCAUGUUAAUCCCCAAUCAUAUUAUGUCUGUUCUCCUGGAUUCAUUUCUCCUCUACCUUCCGCAGACACUGGCGUCUUCAGAAUUACCUAUCAGCUUCUCAUGUGAAAGCCAGUGCUCUCACAGGCUAACAACCUAGAAAAGCCGCAUGUCACGGACUCUCUGAACGUGCUACCCAUCUACCCAAAGCAGACGCUGGUAACAGAUGGACCAAAGCAGCGAUGGAAUCAUCAGUCACUCACUAUCCCCAGAAGAGGCUGUGUUUCCAAACACAUUUUCUUGGGAAGCAGAUCAGCCUUGGAAAACUGCAAAUAGUAUUGUGUUCUUCUUCCUCACUUGAAGGCCCAAGGUGCCAAACUUCACACGUCUCUCAGCCUUUCAAGAAAGUGCCAUGUCAGGAACCUGGGGUUUUGUCCUGAAUAGCAGGAAAGUAAGAGAAAAACCACACAUUUGUCUCUGCAGCGUGAAGAGAGAUGUCCAUCUGAGCAGGAUGACUUCUGCUAUCGUCUCCUCUCGGUUCCCGUUUGGGUUUAAUCUGUGUGAAAACUAUCCAGUAAAAAGCUGAUGGAAACCAAUUACACGGCGGGUGUGUUGACAACUCUGGUAUUUGUUUCAGGAAGCUCUUCCGAGCUGAGGGCACUUGAGCAACUGACUUAAUUUCCAAGCACUUGAUUAACACAACACAGCAAACAGAAGGGGAAAGUGUAAGUGACACAGUUUUCUCUGAUACAGGCUGCUUCCCUAGUAGCUUGGAGGAAGAAUGCCCUCAACCCUCCAUGGUCUCUGCAGACCUGGCACACAAAGAGCUGAUCUGAUCUUUCUGUAUCAUCUUCUGGGACACGAAGGACUCAGCUAGCAAGGGGUCCUGUGAUGCAAAAGGAUGAGAUUGGAGACCAUGCAGGGCUGUAUUCUUGUCCUGUGCAGUUGAGAGGAUGAGAAAGAAGCACCAACCAUGACCUGUCUCACAGACCCGCCUGCAAUGGCUAAUUCUUUCAGCUCCACAAUCUGAAACAUGAUAAAUACAAGUUCCAUACAGAUCCGUUCCCUCAAUGCUUAAUUGACCUUCUUCCUCCAAUAGAAGUGGCCUCAUUGUUUUUGUCCAUUAUGGCACAUGAACAUGACAUGCUCAGUGGGGAAACACACACACACACACACACACGUGGGCUGUGUUGGCAUACAAAAAGCUAGGCACUUCUGUGAGAGAGCUGGUGUGAGUGACAUUAAUAUUACAUUUGCCAGCUGUAAACAGACAUCUGCAUUUCCUGUGAGCUGCCAGUAGCCAGAUUUGGGGAAUAUAAAUGAUCUUCCAAAUCAGCCUGUGGAUCCCCAAGUUCCAGGAACAAGCACGAACAGGCACAGAGGCAGAAAGAAAGGUUGGACAUCAGAGUUUCAGAUCUGUCUCACGCUGAGAACCUGGAGCCAGGCAGGUAUCAGACGUGAGAAUUAAAUGUGUCAUGUGCAUGUUCUGCUGAGAACACAUCUGUGACUUUGGAGGCAGAUCACAGUGGUGGCCGUGGGGAGUGGAUGGUUUUGGAGAACUUAGUGCUUGAAGUGGACAAGCUGGGUGUGUUCUUCACGCCAGGACUUGACCUAGAAGAAGGCAUCCCUCUGCCUCUUGCCAGGAGGAUACCAGAAUUUUCCAAACACAAGGAGCCUGGGGCUCAGAGUCACUAUGGAAGGCGUGUGGCUUCUUCCACUGGACACCAGGAAACAGUCUGGUGUGGCAGUUACCUGUGGAAGCCAUGUGUCAGAGGAGAAAGUCCUGUCACUAAGCCUUACCUGUCUGGGAGAAAGAAAGCCCUACUUCAUAGCAGACUGACUCCAGCUUCUGUGCUAUUUUGGUUGCUCUGGUGGGGCUGGCUGUGUAGGACAGCAGGUGUUAGCCAACAUUUGAAGCAUUUAAAGCAGUAAACACUUAGACAAUCAGUGCUCACUCACGCUCUUUCUAUUUUGCAUAUGGCGGGUGGAGGAAUAGGCUUGCUGGAGAGAUUUUUUUCUCACGGUGCUGAUGAUGGUGGGGAGUGUUAGGGUAAAGGAAUUAAAAACUAGCACGUCUCUGAGAACCUACAGCUCUUCUCGGGUUUUGCACAUGGGGAGGAAACCAAAUAAGGCUUAUCAGGAGUUUGGGUGAGAGGAGUUCAACAAUGUGGAUUCUCUGAAACCCUCCCCCUUCCUAAGACAAAGUCACUAUGUAUUUCCACCAAAGUAAUGCCAAUGGAAGUGCCAGUGUGAAGGCCCUGGCCAAGCUUGUUUUUCAGUAGUUUCAUGUCAAGUGCCUGAUACAGUCUUCUGCAAGUCUAAGCAAGUGCGUUUAGUUUUUCUCAUUCUUGUUUUAACUGGGGGAGGCAGGCCAUACAGGCAAGUGGAGGUCAAAACUUGAACCUGUUUUAUGCAGAUGGAUUAUGCCUGGCUGUUCUGCUAUAGUUGAACUCAACAAAACAGAAGAAGAAGUGAGGCUUUGUAUCAGAAAGGAGCCUGGGGCCCUUUCCCCUAAAACCUCAGCCUCCUGCUAGAUAAUGCCUUUCACAGGUUGGGCAGUUCCUUCCCAGAGCCUGGGUGGGAAGUGUGCUCUGGGAUUCUGGAAAUUCCGCAACGGAGGAUGAGGUCAAACGUCUGUGUCUGCAUUGAUCCAGUCUACCUGCUUUCCACAUGGAGGAGUUAGCGAGCUCUCCUUACACUGGGAAAACUCAGCAGAAGUGUAGAGAACCUUCAAGUGGGCAGUCCUUCUCCAAGAGCGCUUAUCAAGGGCGUUGCUUCAGAACUGGCUGUAAGUGGGUGGGAAGGCUUUCUCUGCGGUUGAGUGUGGAUGUCAUCGGUGUCAACAGUAGGAGGGGAGGAAUGGGGUGAGAGAGUGGGCAAUGUUAUCUUUUCCAGCUGAACCCCGAGUCCUCAGUCAGAGAAAAAAAUGGCUUUAGAAUAUCACGAACCAGCCCUCCAAAACUCCAUAGAAUUAAAAACAACCAAAAAGAAACAAAAACAAAUUUGAAAAUCUUUGGAAUUCGAGAAAGUAGGGAAGCAGCAUUAAUUUUUUUCUCAUUGGCAAAAUUCUUCUUUGCUCUUUUUCUCCAAAAAUGAGAAUCUUUUGUUUUCAUGUUGCAUGAACCCUGUCCCUCGAAAUGUAUACUCAACUGAAUCUCCACCUACUAUUCAAAACUUCCCUGUCUUUUUAUUUGAAGACAAAUAAGUUUGGGCUGUUGCAGUAAAACUUCACAGGUGUGUAACUAGGAAGGCGACAUUUUCAAAAAGAUACCAUGUGAUGAGAGCUGCUAAUGAUCACGAACAGCCCACAAAUCAAAAUGCCUAUCUCAUUUUCCUCAUUUCUGAAGAGAAGAGAAGUAAAUGAAAGGAAGAAGAAAUAGAUGUGCAAUUAAAAGACACGGCAAAAAGAUAGAGCAGACCCAGUGCAAUCCAGCCUUCAGGUGCAGGAUGCUCGCCUUCCAAGGGAAUGUGGAGUGGACUCAAUUAGACACGAUUGUCUUCAUCCUGAAAGUAGUCAGCAGAGCCUAAUUUCCCAUAUUUUAAAAGACAUUCCAUUUUGUUUCUUUCAACGGUGCCCUUUGAAAGGCACACAGUUGUCUUAGUUGUUCCACAACACUGAGUGGGGAAAGAAGGAUGGUGAACCCUUUACUCUUUUUUCAGGGCCGCGUUCUGUGCUAUUGGCAGAUUUAUAAUGAUAUUGAUCAUAGCAAUGAUAAGUAAUAAUAACUGCCCUUGUGUUAGUUAAAGGGAGCAUUUUUAAUCAUUCCGAACCUUUUGUGACAUGUAAAGUGCAGUUGUGAGGAAUGUGUGGGUGUACGAAAAUGUAUCUGUCAAGUUCAGAGUCUUCUAGAUUAAAAAAAAUUAUGACUUAUCAAUGGUGCCGUUUUAGCUGUGUCAGACAAUGGGUGUGCACAUGCUCACAAUUAUCCUUCAAUGAAUCUAUGUUCAAAUGCUUUAAAAUUUUAUCAGAUGAUACAAGAGUAUAACUUUGUCGCCUUUUAGAGUUUUUUUUCCCCCCUUCUAUUUGCUUUCUUAUUUUUUUCCUUCAAAAAUCAAUGAAGACUUGAUUUCUGUCAAUAAUUGUAUUAAGGGUGAAUAUACUACCUGAAUUUUGUGCAUGUUACAUUGUAGUUGUAACCUUUUCUAAUUCAGGAUGAAUACGAGAUGGUUGUGAUUGUGCAGUGUAUCAAUAAAGUUCAAAGAAAUUUGUAA